CUCAUCCCCGGCCCAAGACGCGGCGGUGGCCACCGCUCUCCCUCACGAUCCUGUCCUCUCUUAUCCCCUUCCUCCUCCCGAGCAGCGCCCGCCCUCCCGCUUCUUCCACCACCGUACGGCCGCACCUCACCGCGCUCCCGCACCGCCAUGCGUUCCACACUAGCUAACACAACCUCCAUACGCAACAGGAGCUAGCUCGGCAGCACGAAGCGCGCGCAUUUGCGGCUUACUCAGUGAUGUCGUCGUGCCUGGCGCCGCAGUUCAAGUGGCCCCCUUCCACCCGGGCGACGGUGUUCAGGGAGCCCGGCGGCGGCGGAGGCGGCUGCGUCGGAACCGGCAGCUUCCGGACAGGGAGGGUCCACUGCGCGAUGUCCUCUGCGGCCGUCCUCGAGGCCGAGCGCUUGGAGUCCCUAGCCGCCGGAGGUCGCCGGCUCGUCUACGACCCUUCUGGCAACAUGAACCUCCCGGGAGAUUUUGGCCAGGCGAUUCUGAACCAAGAAGCGGUGGUGACGGCCGCAGCCGCGGAGGCCGUGGCGCUAGCCCGAGCAGCCGCGGAGGUCGCCGGAGAAGUUGCCCGGAUGGCGCGAACCGAGCACCGGCCAGCCGACGUCGACAGCCACAACGUACCGGAGGACAACUACUUGGCAAGAGAGUUCCUUCGUGCCGAUGCCCGGUCGCGGUACGCCGACACCAGUUUGCUGGACGACGCGGGGUUUGUCAGCAUCUUCAGCGACGAGUCAGAGUCGGACGACGAUGAGCAGGGCGCCCCGGGCGUGGCUGUCAAGUCGGCGCGUCAAGUAGAGAGAAGAGCUCGUAGAGUGCGGGCGGCGACGAAGCUGGCUAAAUCUUUCAGUGACCGGAGGCCUGUCACGGCCUCCUCGAGGAAGAAGGGCCUGAAGGGUUGCCGGAAUCCCAUGGGCUGCUUCUAUAAGAUGUCGGCACGGAGACUUCUCACAGCGAAGCAAGAAGUUGAGUUGUCGGAAGGCAUUCAGGAUCUACUGAAGUUGGAGGCUGUCCAAAAGGAGGUUGCACACUACAACGGUGGUGAACCGACCUUCGGUCAAUGGGCAGCAGCAGCUGGCACCGAUGAGCACACUUUGCGGAAACGUCUCAGCUAUGGAAUUUACUGCAAGAACAUGAUGGUCAAAUCAAAUGUGCGGCUUGUAAUCUCGAUAGCCAAAGAGUUUGAAGGCCCUGGGACAGAGUUUUCUGAUCUUAUUCAGGAAGGAAUGCAGGGCCUAAUAAGGGGCGCUGAAAAGUUUGAUGCUUCCAAGGGUUUUAGAUUCUCUACAUAUUCUCACUGGUGGAUCAAGCAAGCAAUACGCAAGUCUGUUUUAGAACAAACCCAAAUUAUUCGCUUGCCAGCACACAUGGCCGAAGCAAGUUCGCGAGUGAAGGAAUGCCGACGACGACUCCGCCGGGAGCUGAAUAGGCUACCCACGAACGAAGAAAUUGCGUCAGACACGGGCAUGACAACCAGACGGGUCGAAGCAGCAAUGUGCCUCCCAAGGUACAGCGUAUCCCUGACGGGCAAGGUCGGGAGCACGGACGUGACCUACCAGGAGAUCAUGGCAGACACGAGCACGGAGACGGCGGAGGAGACGCUGCACAGAUGGUUCAUGAAGAAAGAUGUGGACAAGGCGCUGGGUAGCCUGAGCCCUCGCGAGAGGGAGGUGAUCAGGUACAGGUUCGGGAUGGACGACGGCAGGGCGAGGACACUGCAUGACAUCGGGCAGCUGAUGGGGGUGAGCAGGGAGAGGAUCCGGCAGAUCGAGAUGGUCGCGUUCCGGAAGCUCAGGAGCAAGAAGAAGGUGACGUCGCUGCAGCACUACCUCGAACCGGCGGAGAGCUGGUAGGCUAGCUGUACAUACACGGGCCUUUUGCUUGCUUCUUUUUCCCCGAAGAUUGUUUUUUUUUUUCGAAGAUUGUUGACAUGUAUGAUUCGCGUACCCGUGAUCCCUUCGUAUACAUAACCUUGUGUAAAUGAACGAAACACUUUUUU